AUGGCUCGCCCAAUUGAAGCUGUGAAGGAUAUUAAUGAGUCAAAGGAUUUAUGGAAGAUUGUUGUUAGGUGCAAGCAUUUGUGGACUGUGACGAGUGCAUCGAAAAAGGAACACAUCGAGAUGAUUUUGGUUGAUUCUGAGUUAGAUACGAUUCAAGUCAUUGUGCCACCCUUCUUGGUUUCAAAAUUCAAGGAGCAACUCGCGGUUGGAUGUUCAUAUGUAAUGCAGAAUUUCAAAAUGUCAAACAAUAAUUUCUCUUUUAAGUCGACUAAUCAUAGUUUCAAGUUGGUGUUCUGUGGCUCAACUUCUGUUAAGAAGGCUGAACUUCCUGAUAUUCCUAUGAAUUACCUGAACAUUCUUCAUUUGGAUGCUAUUGUUGAAGGCAAAAUCCAGUAUAAUAUUUUGGUUGAUAUUCUUGGAGGAGUGACCGAGAUUUCUCAAACUCAAAUCAAUGCUGAUAACAAAAAGAGCAAGGUUGUGUUUUCAAUUACCGAUAAUAGCAGAUCUGAAGUUCAAUGUACUCUUUGGGGAUUAAGGAGGCUCAAUGAGGGUUUCCUUUGA